GGCUAAAACAGUCGAGAGCAGAUAAUCAAACAGUGCGGGUCACUGUACGGAAUAUUGUGGUACUUACUAUCAUUAUUGGUGUAUACAUAUGUAUAUACUUUUGGCAGUUAGAUAGUGUGUUGUGUUUUGCUAGUCACUUGUUCGCUUUUGUGUUUUCAAAACAAGAGACGAACAAAUAUUUAAAGAAGUUUCGUGAACUUGUUUUAAUGUACAUAUAUUUUUCUCCGCUUGUCAAAUAACAGAGACUGAAAACAUUGUUUUGGAGACUUUGACCACUCAGCCAACGCAAGUUUUUCAACAGAGAUUAAAUUUGCCUAAAAUUUUAUAUUGGAUAGACAUUUUGAGUGCACGCAAAACUGAGUUGCAGGCGUUAAAAGUUCAUAAUCACAACAAGAGAAAAUAUAAAGCGUCUACAGACAAAUUGAUCGAAAAUGGGCUGGUCGCCUCUGCUAUGGUAUCUGCUAUUAGCAUUGAGCACAACAGUUAUUCUCAAUGAUGUUCAAGCCCAAUCGAAUUAUGUACAGCAAGGAGAUAGUGGGAACUAUACAACAAAUGGACUGCCUGAGGAAGCUACUUUGGAUGGAAAGGUCACCAAGUUAGAUGAUAUUAGUCCAUUGAUAUUUUUGAAUCGCACGAAAGCAGCGCUUAAUUGUGCCGCUGGUUCAAUGCAAGUCGACAUGAAGUUCAAUGAACCUUUCCACGGCAUCAUUCAAGCAGAUUAUGAUCGUAGCAGCGCUUGUCGCGUGAAUGGCAAAGGUGCCCUGAGUUAUAGACUGGAGCUACCCCUUAAAGGAUGUGGUACUAUACAGAAUCCUACUCGCGUUUUUACAAACAACAUAAUUGUGCGUUUUCAUGCCAAUUUGGAAAUGGACGGUGAUGAGAUCAUUACAAUUGUAUGUCGUUAUCCGCCGCCCAUACCUUCACUGCCACCAGCCUUACCAGCACCUAUCUUGAAUCCCAUCGCAACUGGUUCCGUUUUACAGCCGCCUCUUAAGGGUAUACAGCUCCUUCUAAUUAUUUGCGCAAUCAUGUUCCUUACAUUACUGUUACUUGGUUUGGCUGUUUCAUACUACUGUCUGCGCAGUCGUCCAAUACCGGUAGUACGGCGUCUUCCAAUGUCAAUGGGAAGUGGCUCAGAAAUCACAAAAUUAAGUGGUAGUAGCAUGGGUAAUAUCAGCGCAUUCGAAGGUGUCAAAAUACCCCGAGCUAUGGUUCCAUUAGCGGCUGUACAUAGUUCAUCGGGUAGCGAAGGUGCGCUCAUACCUUCGGACUAUCCCAGCGAGUCACAUUCCGAAAUCGAAGAAAUCGAUACGAGAUCACUGCCAUUUAGCUCAGCAGGUAGCUUUGAAAAUCGUGCAUUUGUCCAAGAAACUUCCAGCAUUUAUAGCGAUCACUAUGGACAUACUCAAGAAGUUCAGGCCGCUAAUGCGUUAGCUACUUCAGUUCCUCGUCAUCCUAUUGCCAUUAAAGAAUCUUCAUCACCGAAAUUCGAUGUUCAAGUGCGCGUUAAGAAGUCGCCGCCACCUCCACCUUCACCCGUUACCUCAGACACUGAAAGUGUCGCAACACUUCGUCCAGAUCGUAAUAAUCUAUCGACUAUUAUAGAGACACAUGAAGACCGUGAAAGUAUUAUGACUAUUGAUUCAAUGCCACCGCCAGAGCAGACUGUACAUACUCAGUUUACAUAUGUUCCUGAAUUACAUCCGAUACCUAAAAAUACAGCGGAAUCAUCACCUCCACCCCCACCAGAGCCUGUGUUCUCUGUUUAUGCACGCACACAUCAUGAAAUGGUCGACGGACGUCCUGAAACCUGGUCAGAUUUUACUGAUGCACCAACAGUUAGUGAGGUUACCGAUUUGCAUUCUGAAGCACCUGACAUGCACUCGGUUGGCGAAAUUGUCGAUAGUUCGCAUUUCUUCGAGGCAGAGUACCUUCCACCAGAGCCACCAAUUGUUGUGAAAAAACCUCAAGUCACAUCACAUACUGUAGAUGACGUAUAUUUGCGUACUAUUACCGAAAAGAAGACAAUUGAAGAUAUUGAGAGUCAUAAACGACGUGUUACCGAAUAUAAGGCGAAGGCUAAACCAUUGCCACCUCCCAUUCCUGAUCCAACUUGGGAUGUUAAGAUACGUAAUUAUCCAACUGAACGCGAACAGCAACGAUGGGAGAACUUCUCGGAUAUCUCAAGUGCUUCUGGCAUAACUCUCACGCCAAAGAUGGAGCGCUCCGAACUAACUUUGCCAAUAAUACCUAAAGAACCGCCACAACAAAUCUACGAUAACAAAGAGAAGCUGACCAGUCCACAGUUGGUGGGCAAUAUGAAACCCAUUGAAAUGCCACCAGAAGAUAAGGCUGUGCGCAACUGGGGUGUUCUAAUACGUGUCUUGGAAGAACCUGAAUUCUCCGAGGCAGAUGAUGCUAGUUCCGUGCAUUCCAGUGUUCAUCCACUCACACGCUACAUCAGCUACGACGACAAGGCCAAAUGGAAAGAGAUUAUAACUACAGAAUCGUCAUUGCGCACAAUGCUGACAGAAGCCGUGGUUCGUGAAGAUUUCGAACGAAUUCGCCAAGAUACUCGUUAUGAACGUAUAUUUGAGCCCCAGACUUGGGAUGUUAUCAUACGUAUACUGGCGCCACCCGCUGAUGAUGAUACGGAUGUGGAAAUGCGCGCACCAAAACGCUCCAAGAAAACCCAACCAUGGGACACGCGCUCGAGACGCAGUUCCUUGCCAACAUUGUACGAGUACGAUAGCGACGGCGGUUCCUCUGUGCGAACCAUACGCCAAGACCCAAGUAUGCCAUUACGUGACAAUAGUUUUAAUUUGCAACGUUCACGUCGCUCAUCGCGUACUUCAUAUCACACCGAUCAAAAUGAUUUCCGUUCUAUGUCUGAAGUUACUGUCGACUUUGGAAGACCCGAUCAUUUAGACAACGUUUCAGAUGCAAGUUCUUUUUACCCAAUGCAGUACUACGAUGAUGAAGACAGACGUUCUUUUCACAGAUCGGUUAGUCAUCCAUCACUAGCGCGUUCGGCAAGUGAAUUUACCGAGCACUGGGCGGCACCAGAUGAGCUUUCAUCACCAGAAGCCACGCCUAAAUCACGCCGUUCACAGCGUAUGACAACGUUCCAGCAGCAUAUACCGGCUCCACCGCCACCACCACGUUCUGGCCAAAUUGUGGCGCAGACCCAAAGCCAAUAUGUAGAGUCACGCCGCAGCACAACAUUCCACACAGAAAACGAAGCAGCACGAUCACGUGACGACUGGUAAACGUGAUGAUAUACAUAUAAUAUAUCUGCGUAUACAUAUAUCUCGUACCUAUAACCACGCAUAUGCUGCAGCGGUCGAGGGAGUCCAGUUCAAAAUUUGUAGGCGACGAUAAGAUAACAAAAGGGUGGAAAUAUAAUACAAAAGUCACUGCUUUCAGUAAAAGUCAUUGCCACUCUAUAUCAUGUGUAUAAUAAAUAAUUAUAAGUUCGUAUGUAUGAAUAUAAGUAUAUGGGACGGUUCUCAACCUAUAUGCGAUAUACAUAAACUAACAAGUAUUGAGCUCUACACGGCUGCCAAUUUAUAAAUAUAUGCAAAUGGUGUAAUAGGAAUACAUAACACAAGUGCCAAUUUCAAUAAUCCUCCUGCAGUCACUGCAUCUUAAAUUUAAAAAACUACUUAUAUUAACGGCGCGUAUGGUCGCAUAGAAUAUGCAUCAAGUACUCAUAACUUUUUUUAAAACAUUGUAUAAAUUAAUUGAACCGACAAUUGGAUAUUUAAAUAUAUGAAUUUAUUCAUUAUUUAUUAUAGCAAAAUGUCCUAAGUACGGUAUUCACAUAGGUAAACAUUUUUAUUAAUAAUAAAAUCGAAACUGUAUGUGUAACUGCAAUUUUAUGAAACUCAUCAUACGAAACAAUGUAUGAAUCUGCGUUGAAUAGUUUUAAAAACUUUCGUAAAGCAAUGUCCAAACCAACGCCUGCAAUCCCCAAAAAUAUCAACAUUAUUACAUUUGAGUCCAUAAAAAUUCUAUUGAGUGUGCAAAUUAGCCUCAUGUAAAACUUUGCACUCGCAACCAAAUUGAAAAGUGCUAACCGCAAACAGUUUGUGAACGGACGGACACACAAUAUCUCAGUCAAGUGGGAAGGCCCUCAUACAGUGCAUAGCUACAAAGUUUAGAAACUCGUAUGGGUUGAAUCAACAGCUAGCCAAUCAACUAUUGUAAAAACAGGUAAUACAUUUUUAAUUUUAGCCAAAAUAAAUAUAAGAAGGGAAAUUAAUCAGCAGGCGAUCCAGUGUAUAUCUAAUACUUGAAAUUAAAAAUGGGUUCGUAAAUAUAUGACGAAUAUGUACAUGAAAUGCUGUUUAUGGGCGUAUAUGUAAAUGUCUAAUGUAUACAUGUAAUAUACAAACAUACUUAUGUAUUUAUAUAUUUACAUAGAUCGUUAAGUUUUGCAUUGUAUCUAUAAUUAAAGUUAUCGGUCGCACCCACUAUGCAGUAGUAUUUCUACCCAUAUUGCUGCCAGUUUCUAUUUCUCACAUGUUUAGUUAGAUAAAACAUAAAGCCAAACACAAAUGAUACACAUAGAAAUAAGCACUAUGGGAGAAUAGUUGGCGUUUUUGCUGGUUUUUUAACCGCUUCAUGGUGGGUUGAAUUUGAAAUCUAGUGUAUAAAAUUUUUACAUAUUACACAUAUUGCUCAGUGAAACUUUGAUACAAUUGGCAGCGCUACUUUUGAAGCUAUAAUACAAAUUUACCACUCCAUCUCCAAAACUUAAAUUGUUGGAUUUAAUUUUUAAUUAAGAUUAAUAUAAAUGACUUUAAGUUACUUAUUUAUUGCGAAUCUACAUUCAGAGUUUACAAUAGGAAACUUGAAAAUUAACGCGUAAAUAGUUUUUAAAAAAUGUUAAAUUAAAAAAUUAUAUUAUUUAUUUAUUUUGAAAUUUUUUCAUAUAAAAAUUUAGAUACAAAGGCCUUGAAAACUAUUUUACAUAACUUUUAGAAUGAUUUUCGAUGCAACAUCACCUAUCUUGGAAUAUAAGCAUCGACAGAGCCAUAUAAACCUAUGUUAUAAUCAUAUAGGCUCUGCUGCAUAAGACAAAAUCGAUACAAAAACAUAAAUAAAUUGUAUUAGAUCCAGUUCCUUUUUAAUUUUUGUUCAAGUUCCUUCUGAAGUCAGCUCCCCGUGCAGUGUGAUUUAAAAAAUGUUUUCUCCGGCAUGCGAUUAGCACGUGCUUUUCUGCAGCACAAACAAAAAAAUUUUAGGUGAUACCCUUUUUUUGAUAUGGCUAAAACGCUUCUAAAACCCCAUACAUCAUAAUUGCAGCGACCGUUCAUUGACAAUGCUUAAAUGAUUUACAUAACUUACUUUGAUGCCCGGCAACGUAGAGCAGUAAUUGUUUUUGUUAAGGUAUAAUAUAAGUUUUGGCUUUUAUCUGGCGAUAGUUGCCACCAGCAGAUAUAAGUGGGGAUAGGAAUGAUUGAAUAGUAUGUCUUCAUCAAUCUAAAAUUAUCGUUCUUAUAAAAAUUACAACUAAUCUGGAAAAUGUAUUAUUUUACUACUUAAGUGAAAAAUUGCAAGUAAAUGAAUAGUGAAAAAUAAUGUUUAUCAGUAAAUAUGGAAAGAAAUAUACCACACAAUAGUAACAAAAUGAAUUUAUGUAUCAAAUUAUAAAUUAUUGUCUGAUUGUAUAAAUAUUGCACUUACAUAUACGAGUUUAGUUUUUAGACGUAUACGUAUUGAUUUUUCUUGCUCGUUCAAACUUUUUCAUUUAUUUCACGCACUAUUCUUAAAAAGAAUUUAAAAUUGAAAAUUUUUAUUUUAUUUUGUACUUUGAGAGAGUUUAUAUGUGUAUUGUUCCUCAUAAUCAGUAGGACAAUCCUUUAUUAUUGCUUUUAUUGAACUAAGAAUAAAAUCAGUGUGUAAAAACUGGAAAAGUUUGAAUACUCUAUAAUAAAUCUAAUUGCUUACUCAAAUUAUAUUUAAUAUAUUUUCUGCAUCGUAUGCGCAAGAUGCGAAUUAGCUCCGUAAGUGAUAAGUUUAUAUGUAUGGAGGUGGUGGGACUUUACUUUAAUCGAUUGGAUAAGUAAUUUUCACAUAUAAACACAAGUUAUUUCAAUUCCUAUAGUUUCCAAAACUGUAUAUAUUAAAGCUUCAAACCGUUAGAGAAUUUUAAAAUUCGAUUAUUUACAUAUAAAUAUCUAGUUUAUUUGUAAUCAGAAUCGAAACGACCUAGCGCACAAACAUAUGCACAAACAUCAAAAGUAAUAAGUAAAAGGAAUAAAGUAACGAUAAUUAACAUGCUUAACUGCUUUACUAAAAAUGCUUAUCUAAACUGCGAAUGAUAAAUAAAUAACCAAUUUAUAAUAUCACUUUAAUACUUGGAUGUGCUUGAACCACAACAAAAUAACAUAAAGCCAAGGCUUACGAUCAAAAUAGUAUAUACUUGAAUAAUAUACUGUGUGUAUAAAUAUGUACAUAUAUGACCAUGUCUAUAUAUAAUAUAAAAUACUCAAUUAAGCUUGGUUGAUAUCUUAUGUUAUGUAUUUUUUCAAGUAUUUUGAAGAAGAAAGUCGGUAAGAACUUCAAAUGAUCUAAAGUGUAAAAUUAAUAUUGAGAAAUAAAAAUCGGAAAUUAUUACUAACUAAAA